AUGGCAAUGCAAUACAUGAAAUCGAUUAGGAGGAAGCCAGUGGCGAAAACAGAGUCGACAUCAACACCAGCAGCAGAAACGCAUGGCCCUGUGUUGACGGAUGAAGACGAGGCAUUCCUACACCAUGUUGCAACCUCUUCGUCUAUAUCAGGAAGUGAUAGCGGUGAUAAACAGCCUGGAGGGUCCAAAGAUGAACAAGGCAGGGAACUUGUUGAUGAGCCGUUGGACGAUGACUUGAGACGUUUGGCUGAGGAUAGAGGCUCGCAGGAGAAACUUGAUACUCCUGAUACUGAGCCUACCGCCGCCACUGCGUCGUCUGCUUCCACUGAUCAAAAGAAGAUGGAGAAAGGACACAAGUCACGCAAGAGCCUGUGGGGUAUGCUUAAAGAUAGAAAGUGGAUGGGAGAGACCGAGAAAGUAGACAAGGGGAAGGGUAAAGUUGCUGAUGAUACCCAGUCAAGCAGCGAAGCAGCUGGUAAAGGGAAAAAUGAGGAGGAGAAAAAGGAGGAUCAAGAUCUAUCUAAAGUCCUUGAGCAGUUGAACCUGGCAGCUGUCAACAACCGCGUCUUUUCGAUUAGUAGCGAUACACAGGCGCUUCUAGAACAGUUCAAACAAGUGUUCAAAGACCUGGUCAACGGAGUACCAACGGCGUAUCGUGACCUUGAGUCCCUACUCACGAAUGGCGACCAGGAGCUACAGAAGAGUUAUACCAAGCUGCCUAGUUUUCUUCAGAAGCUCGUCGAAAAGCUGCCCAACAAGAUGACAGAGAAGUUUGCGCCAGAGAUUCUUGCAGCGGCAUCAGCAAGAGCGAGCAAGAGUGGUAUCAACAUGCAGCAUGUAGACAAGGCGACCAGCACGGCAAAGAAGAUAGGUAUUGAAGUACCCAACCUGAAGGAGCUGGCCGGCAAGCCUGCAGCCCUCGCGGGAUUGCUCCGGUCUAUCAUUGCAUUUUUACGUGCGAGGUUCCCUGCUUUGAUUGGAAUGAACGUUCUUUGGUCUCUGGGGCUGUUCAUUCUACUUAUGGUUUUAUGGUACUGCCACAAGCGCGGCCGUGAGGAGCGGCUUGCGAGGGAAGCUAGCAUGGCCGGAGAAGGUGAGAAAGCAGAAGGUGAAGAAGCUAGGGUGAUCGAUGUCACAGACGAGGCAUCGCCGUCGACGACGCCUGCAGCCGUGGGAGCACCAGCAGCAGCUACAGGGACGGUAGCAAACACCGAAAGUGAUGCCCAACUCACAAGGCAGGUGGAGGGCCAAGUGCAGGCUGCAACGACGCAGAUCGAAGCCCCGACCACUGCCACCUCAGAAGUAGCUGCAAAAGACAAGGAACCACGUCAAACGAUGGAAGAGGAUAAUGUGAAGGUAUAGCUUUCCGGAAGCCAAUUGAACCAUGCAGAGCAAGGAAUGGUAUUGAGAAGGUGGAAGGCGGAAAUACCACAGCAGGGGGAUCAGUUAGAGGUAAUAAGUAUAUUUGCGAUAUGGAGAGGGUUAGCAAGGUAAAUACUAUUUUUGACGCAUCGGUUGAACACGUCAGGAGAGGAAUGGUUGAAACAUUCUCCUCCCUAGCAAGCGAGGCAAGCUAGAAUUUGUAUAGCGCAUAGCGUUCAAUAUCUGCUGCAUGCGCAAAAUAAUCUCGGCUACCUGCAGCAGGCCUGUACGUGCAUACUUCGAUACUGUGAUGAGACAAGAGAUGAUAGAGAUAAGAUCGGGUGUGUGCGGUAUUCUCGUUUAGCUUCUUUUGGUUCCAAUCCAGAGUUAUGUCAGUUUCUUAGUUAAUAUAAUGAAUAUAGUCGAUUCGCUGUUGGUUAAAACGAAUACUGAGUGCCGGUUUAUGACGUCUAUACGAUAUCCUACGUAAUCAUGACUCCGUCUAUUUGCGUGUUACGAGCAAUCGCUGCGCUGUCCAUGUAUGGCUAGCUAGCGCUGUUUAUCUCACACCUCAACAGCAAGAUCCAGUACAUUAUGCACAUCAUUAUCGUCAUUGCAGUCACAGUCCUUGCCCCAUGUUACAUACCUUUUGUCUUCCGCAACAUACGUAUCGUAUGCAUGGAGCAGAUGGAAUUGCAAUCCCGCUUUUGGGCCAGGGAGUGAAAAUACGGGCGAUUAGAAAGAGUGGAAGUGGAAGAAAAAGG